ACAGAUGAGCGGUGGAAAGCUUGUUAGCUAAAUAACAGAAACUACACUUUAAACAACGAAGAACUAUAUUUAUUGAGUGUUGUUAACUUUCGACGUUAGUAGGCUUGUAGGUUAUCUUAAGUUUAUCUAAUUUGUAUGAUGGAAGUUUUACGUCCAUUUCUUAUAAAUAUAAAUGGAAGAAUAUAUCGGAGAAAUAUCAUUAAAGAAGAACAUUAUGAGGAAGAACAAGAAGAUUUAUCCUACAUGAGACCACAGGACAGUGAGGAUUGUGAUGCAGAGGAAACCUGUGAUAGCCACUGCAUUGAACAAACUGAUAAAGGAUUCCGCUGUACAAUUGAUGUCCCAAGUGUCCUUUACAAGUACAUUAUUGGCAAAAAAGGAGACACGCGCAGACGUCUGGAGUCUGACACAAAGACAUCUAUCAGCAUCCCAAAACAAGGAAUGGAAGGACAGAUUGUUAUCACAGGUCCCCAAAGAGCCGCAGUGUCCUCUGCAGUCACUCGAGUCGAGCUACUUGUUGAGAGUUUCAGAAGAAAGCAGCCUAUUACACACUUUCUGUCUUUACCUCUGAAUAACCCCAAAAUUCAAGAAGGUUUCCUGGGAUUUAAAGAAAAGGUGCUGGAGCAUUGUUCACAGGAUCAUGGAGUGGAAGAAAGCAUCUUUCAGAACCCUGCAAAACUUCACCUGACACUUGGCAUUUUGGUUCUGUUAAGUGAAACGGAAGUGAGAAAAGCGUGUCACCACCUUCAGGAGUGUCAAAAUGUCAUCAGGGACAUCACAGAAGGCAAACCUUUACCCGUGGAGGUGACGGGUAUAGAGUACAUGAACGAUGACCCAUCUAUGGUGGACGUCUUGUAUGCAAAGGUCAACAUGAAAGACAGUUCUGACAAGUUGCAGGUAAUUGCAGAUCGACUGGUGGAGCACUUUGUGUCAGCCGGGAUGAUGGUUAGAGAGUGGGACGGCGUGAAGCUGCACGGCACUGUGAUGAACACGCUGUUCAGGAAGGACUCCACAGUUGAAGACUUGGGUGGACCAGGAAGACAAACAAAUGAAAGAGAGGCUUUCGAUGCCAGAAACAUACUGAAGAUGUUCAGCACUUAUCAUUUUGGGGAGUUUGAGUUGAACGGUGUCCAGCUGUCCCAGAGAUAUUCAACAGAUUGUACAGGCUACUACACCUCUGCCGGUAUCAUCAGCUUCUCCUGAGCCUCUUGUGAGGUCAUCGAUGAACAUACCGGCAGGAUUGAUGGCGCUGAAGAGACUCUGCUUGGCAGUAACACCGUGAUGGAAGGGACAUUUGUGUAAGAAGUAUUCAUAAUGUGAAUAUAAUGAAUGGAACACACUGCAGUCUUUCAUCUUUUUGUUGAAGAAUCUACAUUUGUUCAGGCUGAGAUGUUGCUCU